CUGUACUGCGUGCACCCCAGAUAUGCUGGCGGUUUCAGUAGAUGGAAACCGCAAGCAUUACCAUUUUAAGAAUGCAGCUAGAUCUGAAGAACAGGCCAUCUUUGAAGACGUCUUUAUAGCUAAGGAUGAAGAUGUGACAAAAUUUGUGGACUACAUUCACAAGACAUCCAAACAUGUCAGUGGAAGAGGUGUUUGUGGAGGGGAGUGGUCAGCAGCCAGAGAGACCUCCCAAAGAUCAGCAAGCAAGGCAGACGAGGAGGGAUUGGUGCUUGCGGUGUGUCGACACGGAGUGCUGCUCUGUGCUUUAAAUAUGUACAGGGGUGAAAUUUUUGCCUAUCCCCUGUACCUGCAAGAAAAGCUGGCCAGUAGGCAAAUCACUUUUUUUUGUAUGGAUGUGACCUGCAAAUAUUGGCCCUACCUCCAAAGAGUUGCAAAAAGCUGCCCAGAGCUCCAGCACCUUCUUAACAUGAAAUCCUUCCUUUCAGUCUUCCAUGCCAAAGCCCAAGAUUUUAAAUGCGAGGUGAAAUGGAGUGGGGCAUAUCAGGAUGGGGCUGGUUUAACACUAGGGGAGGAGGUGGAACAGUGCAAUGCUUUCCUGUCUAGGAUUGCGGUGACCACAAAACACAUGUCCAAAGCAGGACGCACAGACAUGCUGACUCUCAUGGCCAUGCGCUGGAAUCAGCAAAAGUUCAACAAUUUGGCCACCGCCCUGACCUGCCGUUAUCAGAAGACCACAAAAGCUCUGCAAAGUCAGUUGCAAAACCUAGAGUCUAUGAAAGUCGACCUGGCAGUGACAGAGAGCCAACUGGAAGACUGGCUCAAUGAUGUAAAGGAGUGGGCAGACGCAACAACAACAACCACAAAUGAUGUUGAUGCCUUGGCCAGCAGAAUUGAGGUGCUGGUGGCGAGUAUCAAGAGACGUUCCCAGCGACUCUAUAAGGAUACAGAUGGCAACAAAGGUCGUGCCAGGAUCCGCCGCAAGAUCAGGGAGGAGAAGGGGAUCCUGACAUCAGUUGUAGAGAAAUACAACAGAAUGGUUCCAAACACUGAAUCUCUGUGCUUGGAAACCGUUUUGUCUGGUGAGACAGCUUGGCCAUGGCAGCUUCCACACAGUGACUCUGUCGAUCUAAGGACAAAGAGAAAGGCAUUCGACAUCAUCAUGUCAUUAAGGAGACUUCAGGAGGAGCAGAAGAUUCUUGUUGCAGAGAUGGACAACCAUUGGAAAUAUCUUUCAACUCGUGCUGAUACCCUCAGAGAACUGUCCUGCUUGUUUGCCAGUGAGACACUGAAAAAUUCGCAAUGUGGCCUAAGUGAAGAGGGUUUGAAAGGUCUGCAGAGCAUCAUCCACAGAAAGCAACGUAAAAUCAGAGAAAUGAGGGUGCAAGCAAGAGACUGUUACCUGCAAGUUUUGUCUGGAGCAGAGAACAACUUCUUAAACAAACUGUCAGCUGAUGACUAUGACAGUGACUUUGAAAUUUCUGAUGACGAACUGUAAUCCACAAGACUGUGACACCUUUCUUUUUUCUUGACAGUGACCUUGACCUUAA